UUGCAAGAAGAAAAUAUAUUUUAGGACUUAAUUGCAAGGUAACAAAAUUCUUUAAUCCCUUCUUUCUAGUUGAAUCCAUAAUAUGCAGUAGUUAGCGCCAAGAUAGAAGACGACACAAUACAGGUAUAUGAAAAUGUCCUCGAGAAUAGCUCAAAUUCGUCUUGUGAGUUCACAUCCUGAGGUUUAUGAGCCAUGUGAUGAUUCGUUUGCGCUAGUUGAUGCACUUCUAGCUGAUCGAAUUAACCUGUUGGACCAUAAUCCUAAAGUAUGUUUUGAAGUGGGUUGCGGCAGUGGUUAUGUUAUUACUUCUCUGGCACUUAUGCUUAGGCAGCAGAUUCCAGGGGUUUACUAUAUUGCCACUGACCUUAAUCCUCAUGCCGUGAGAGUAACUCGUGAGACACUGGAAGCACACGGUGUUCAUGCUGAGUUGAUUUCCACUGACAUUGCAUCUGGGCUGGAAAAGCGGCUGCAAGGGAUGGUAGAUGUUAUGGUUGUGAACCCACCUUAUGUGCCAACUCCUGAAGAUGAAGUGGGUUGUGAAGGGAUUGCCUCUGCCUGGGCUGGAGGCGAGAAUGGUCGGAAAGUUAUUGAUAGGAUAUUGCAUGUUGCAGACUGUCUUUUGUCUGAAAAAGGCUGGUUGUACAUGGUCACUAUUACAUGCAAUGAUCCUUCACAACUAUGUCUUAAAAUGAGAAAGAAGGGUUACGCUUCUAGAAUUGUUGUCCAGAGGUCAACAGAAGAAGAGAGUCUUCAUAUCAUCAAGUUUUGGCGGGAUUCUGACACUCAAUUCGAUACGAAGAAAACCUUGACAACAAACAAAACUAUUCCUGAAAGGGUCAUGGAAUCACUGGUUUCACAACUUCCUCAGUUAUCAUUCUGGAGAAAUGGCAGCAGCAACAGCUGAUCAAUGAAAAGGAAAAGAUAAAGCUGUGAUAACCAUUUUUGCAUGUGAAACAAGUUGUGGCCGAGCUGAGGUGUGAAUUUCAUCUACAGACUGCUCUUUGAAAUCGAAGGUUUUUGAGAAGUUUUGGUCGGUGUUGGUGAAGUGUGCACUGUGAUCAAAUUUAGGAGCACCCUAUUCGUUAUCUUUUUGCAUUAUAAAGUCCUGAUUAUGAUUACAAUAGGUGAUGGAAAUGGAGAAAGGGAAAACCUUCUACAAGCACCUGCAUACUGUAUGAAACUGAAGGUAGACUAUUUCGCAGUGCUUCUCGAAGCAUAAAUACUUGUACAACAUUAUACUUGGCAGAGUUGUAGCACUUCUCCCUACACGGCGAAUAUUUUUGUCCAAGUAUUUAUUUUUCGCAUAGCAUAAAUACAAUGAUCUACUAAAUGAUUUACCAGAAACAAAUUAAUGUC